GGCCAUUCUGUUGGAGACCGGCACUGAGAGAAGGAUGGACGACUCUGCGUUGCGUGACGAGGCGGGUGGCGAUGAGGGCGUGUCAGCUCUGCUGCCGACGUACGGCGGCGUCAGCCAGGCCAACGCCCCUCCGAUGUCGCUGGCGCCCCGCCAUGUGUUUGGGCUCAAGAGCGACGUCAAGAACCUCCUGCACUUCGCCGAGGAGACGCAGCUCAUCUACCCCGCCGGCCACAACACCGUCCUCUACUCCAUCGACCACCGCACACAAAAGGUAGGUGGGCAGAGAGAGAGGGUGUGUGGUGCAGAUGGAUGGAAAGACGAUGGAUGAGUGGCGUGGCGUUUGUUGUGGCUGGGUGGGUGCAGUUCUUUUCUGGCGCUGAUGAGACGCUGGGCAUCACUGCAAUCACCAUCAGCCCAAGCAAGAGGUAGGCACUCAUGCAGCAAACACAGACCCCACUGCUGCGCUGCGCUGCACAGAAUGACUUUCGCACUCAUUUGUAUGCUGCAGGUACGUGGCAGUGGCCGAGCGGACGGAGACGGCCAUCAUCAGCAUCUACGACCUUGUCACCGCCAAGAAACGGUGACUGACUGACCACCGCUUCUUGGCCCCGUCAACAGGCGAUCAAUGUUGGUAUGGUUGUUGUGCGUGGGUGCGGCCAAUGUCUGUAGGCGUUCUCUGUCGUAUGCCGAGUGUGCGAGCCACGAGUACGUGAGUCUCUGUUUCUCGAGCGAGAAUAAGUUUCUGCUCUCACUGGGCGGCCCGCCAGACUGGUCGCUCGUCUACUGGUCGUGGGACAAGGCCAAAGUCAUCGCCAGCGUCAAAGUCAGCCAGCCAAUACAAGCACACACUGAUUGAUGCACACCUACGAAACCACAAAUGGUGGUUGUUUGUUGUGUAUCUAUCUGUGCCUGCAGGCGUCCAAUGCCCAUGGGGCGCCUCUGUAUGAGUGCUCUGUGAACCCCACUGACUCUACCUUGGCAGUGGUGAUUGGCGAGGGCGUCUUCCGGUCGUUCCGGCUGCAAGACGGGACCCUCAAGCCGCUGCCGCACCCACUCAGCAAGAAAGAGCCACAGGUAACUAAGGCGGGCUGCACAUCUGAGUGAGUGAGUGAGUGAGUGGAUUUGGUCACUGACUAACGUCGUGUCUCGGUCGGUCUGUGUGUACGUGUGUCUGUCUGUCUGUCUGUUUGUUUGUCUGUCUGUCUGUCUGUCUGUCUGACUGUCUGUCAGCCGUACACGUGUCACACGUGGCUGAGCGACGACCGUCUGGUGGUGGGCACGGAGAAUGGAGAGCUCCUCCUAUUCGACAACGGUCCGUCUGCCCUGCCCUGCCAUCCACACACCACAUUACACCCCAGUCGGUGCAGUGGAUGGUUGUGUGGAUGUGGAAUUGUGCUGUGCAGGUGGUGAGUUCAAGAUGGUGCUCCCUUGCUCUCCCUCGGAGAUCAGGUCGGCGCUGUGCAUGGCCUCCUACUCCAAGGGAUUCAUCACCGGCGGAGAGGAAGGCGCCAUCAAAAUAUUCGAGAAAAGCGACGACCCCAAAGAAGUAAUUAACUAACUAAUGUACCUACACACACUUCACCAAGACACACAGACAGACAGACAGACGGACACGUGGUUCCUCUCCAUCUUGUGUUGUGUUGUGUGUAUGCCGUGUGCGUGUGCAGGUGUUCCGGAAGACGGUCGAUGUGAAGGUGGAAAAUGCUGCUGGGUCGCGGGUGAUGGGAUUCGCCGUCUCGCCCUCAGAGGAAAUCCUCGCCGUAUGAUCUACUCGACAAGAGACACAAGCCGCCCACACGAGCAACCAACCGUUCGAUUGGUGUGUUUGCACUGUGCUGUGUGUGCAGGUUGGCCUGUCGAACAGCCAGCUGUAUCAGUUCUCCCUGGCUGCGUCCGACCUGCUCAAAUCUGAGGAGGCACCCAACCUCGACUUCCUUCUCACAUCAUUCCACACUGUGAGUGAGCCAGUGAGUCAGCUACUCCCGCAUUGCAAUGCAUUGCGUGUAUCUGUCUGUAUCGUGUGUAUGUUAUGUAUGAUGUAGGGUGCGGUAUUGGGUAUGGACACGUGCAUCCGCAAGCCCCUGAUGGCCACGUGCGGUGCCGACAAGACUGUCCGCGUGUGGAAUUACCUUGAGAAGACCUGCGAGCUGUGCAAGUCGUUCAACGAGGAGGCCUACAGCGUGGCCUUCCACCCCUCGGGCUUCCACCUGCUCGUGGGAUUCAGCGACAAACUCAGGCUCAUGAACCUGCUCAUGGAGGACCUCAGGCCAUUCAAAGAGAUCCCCAUCAAGGCCUGCAGAGAAUGCAGGUAGGGAGUCGUCGAGCUCACUCCGCAAAGGAAGGCAUCCGUCAAUGCAUCGUCUGGCUUUGCUUUGCUUUGUGUGUGUAGGUUUUCCAACGGGGGUCAGUAUUUCGCUGCAGCCAACUCCAACACGAUCCAGGUGUACAAGACGUACACGUGCGACAUCGUGGCCAACCUGCGAGGGCACAACUCCAAGGUCCGCUCCAUCUGCUGGACCGCCGACGACAUGUCAAUUGUCUCCGCCGGCAUGGACGGUGCCGUGUACGAGUACAACAUCGCCCAGGAGGGGAGGCGGGUCUCCGACUGGGUCCAAAAGGUCAGUCAGUGACUGAGACACUAAACUGAUCAGAUGUCUCGGCAUCUCUGCCUCCCUCUUGAUCUUUUGCUGCCUGAAUGUGGUCAAUCCAAUCCCAUCAAUCAGGGCACGAGCUUUUCGUGUGUGAUAGUGUACACGGAUCCGUCUGCCGUCGGAACGCCUGGGACGACGACGAGCGCCAACACGAUGUAUGUGGUCGGGUCAGACAAGAUGCUCAAGGAAAUAUACAACUCACAACUAGGUCGGCCCGUCCGUCCACGACGCGCAAACACCCAAAAGAGCGGCAAGAGGGAGAGUGUAUGUCUGUGUCUGUGUGUAGGUCAUUACUUGGAGGCUGGCAACCAGCUGGGUCAGAUAGUGCUGUCCAACUCGGCCAAGACACUCUUCGCUGCCGUGGCCGAGAACGAACACCCGGGGCCCAUCCGGUCGGUCAUUGCGUGACGCUGCAGCCACCAAUCACACCCUCCCUGCAACGUGUCUGGCUGCUCGCUUACUAACAUGUCUCUGGUGCUCAUGCAGUGCGUAUCGUUUCCCAUUGCAUGGUGAGUACGUCGAGUACCAGUGCCACGCGGGCCCCUGUGCCAGGCUGCGCAUCACCUUCGACGACAUGUACCUGCUCUCUUGCUCGGAGGUAUGCCAUGCCACGCCCCUCCACAACCACACGCAUGACCACCCCUCUCUGUCUGUCUGUCUGUCUGUCUGUUGUCAGGAUGGGACGUUGUACGUGUUCGACAUCCGCGAGAAGGACCGAGUGGUGUCCAAGCGUGACAAGGAGAGCGCUUUGCCGUAUGCGGACGAGAUCCUCGUGACACGCUUCUUCUUGGACGAGAAGGAGGCGGCUUUGGUGGAGCUGGAGCGGCAGGUGGAGGAGCUGACCAACCAGAUGGACUUCCAACUCAGAAACAGGGACUCCUUCCACAAGGAGAAAAUGGCUGAACUCGAAGACAAAUACGAACACGAACUCGAGCAGGAACGGUAGAGUAGUCGUGACGGGCCGGGCCGCCUGCCAGACAGACACACGCACACAGUGUCAUGGGAUGGGUGUGAUUGCCUGCAGGACUCGAUACGAGUUGCUGCGCGAGGAGAAGAACGACAUGGAGACUGAGUAUGAGGAGAACCUCAAGAGCAUCGAGGAGGCCAACGCCAAGUCGACCCAGGAGCUGGAGGCCAGCUUCCAGACCAAGAUGAUGAUCGAGGUGGCGCGCUACCAGAAGCUGGCCACAGAGCGGGAGAGGGAGGCAAAGGCCUGGGAGGAAAAACAGGGACAAAUACGGGUGGGUGAGCGCACACAGCUGACUCAUCUGACUGAGAUGGAGAGACGUAGAAUAUAUAUCGCUGUGUGUGUGUGCAUGUCACAGCAAGAGCACGAGGGUCUCAUUACGCGCAUGACGGAGGAUUUCGAGGAGAAGAAGCGAGAGUACAACAACGAAAUGAGGAACCUCAUUGAGCAGAAGGAACUCGCCUUCAAGUCAGUAGCUGACUGACACCAACACACGACGACGAGACACCAGGUCUGCACACCUCUGCUCGUUUCCUGUAUUAUUAGGACUCAUCAGGAGACAUUGCGUCAGCUGGAGCAGGAUGCCGACAGAGAGAUAGAGGAGCUCAAGGAGCAGUAUGAGGAAAAACUGGCAAACGAACGAGACGAAAAAGUGCGACUCAGAGGUCAGCCACGCAGCCAGCCUCCAUGAGAGGCUGACAUCGAUGGAUGGAUGGAUGGAUGGGUGUGUGUGCGUGCAGGUCAGGCGGGCAUCCACCGUAAGCACCACGAGGAUCUGAAGCGACAAAUGGAGAAGAACAAAGAAGAGCUCAAACAAAAGGUCAGCCCACCACGGCACAGCACUGGUCCGCCUGCCUUCAUGUAUUUAUUGUGUGUGUCUGUGUGCAGGAGGAGAUCAACCAGAAGCUGCGGAGUGACAUCGAGAAGCUCAUGAAGGACCGAGACGGAAUGGCCAAGGAGAUCAAAGAAAGGGACAAAACUAUCGGUUAGGCAGUCGACUCCCACUCCCCCCCAAGACACACAUAGACCUCUUUCUCUCUCUGUCUGUGUGUGUGGGCAUGGCAUGUCUGCAGGUGACAAGGAGCAGCGCAUCUACGACUUGAAGAAGCAGAAUCAGGAGCUGGAGAAGUUCAAGUUCGUGUUGGACUACAAGAUCAAGGAGCUCAAGGCGCAGAUCGACCCCAAGAACGAGGACAUCGCCGAAAUGAAGAGACACAUACAGGCCAUGGACGCGGUCACCUCACCCGCCCGCACACACAUGACAUGAAGCCAACGACCAGAGAGAGCCACAUCGACGUGUGUGUGUGUGUGUGUAUAGGAGCUGGAAGAUUACCACCGCAAGAACAAGCAGCUGGCGAUGGACAUCAGCCAGCUGCAGAUGAAACAGAGAGCACUGCAGGAGGAGAUUACCUCCCAGAGGUGCGUGGCUCCGCGGCCAGCUGGGGGACAUCCCAUCCCAUCAGCCAGCCACUCUCUGCCUCUUGUUGGUAUGUAUGCAGGAAGAAGUUGACGGACUACCAGCACUUCUGCAAGCAGUUCCGCAACGACCUCUACGACUGCGCACAGCACAUACAGGAGCCGAAACAGCUCAAGGACGCCAUUGCAUCGCUAUACCGGUAUCUACAUCCAGUCCACACGGCCUGGCCAGCCAGACACAGGCCAGGCCGCAUCUCACUCGCACCUUCAUCACAUCAAUGAGCGUCUCUCUGUGUGUGUCUUUCUCUACCGACCAGCAAGUACGUGACUCAGGAGGUCAAGAAGGUGGAGCUCGACGCCGACAUCCAGAAGGAAUACAACAGACAGAGGUAGAAACCCUCCCUCUGUCGACGCGCACACCUACCUGGUGAAAUGAGUGUGUGUGUAGGGAUUAUCUGGAGAAGUCGGUUGAGAGUUUGAAGCGCAAGCUGGCCAAGGACUCAGAGGUCCACAGACAGGACAACAUGAAAGUCAUGCAGGUGUGUAUGCAUCUUAGAUAUCCAACACACACAGCCUCUCCAUCCAAUCCAACACACACACUUCUAAGCCAACCCCCCUCUGUCUCUUGUCUCUGUGUCUCUGUGUCUGCGCACGCACAGGAGAAUGUGUCACUGAUCCGUGAGAUCAACGACCUGCGUCGCGAGAUCAACUACCUCAAGCACGAGCGGCAGCAGGCCAGGCUCAACGCCACACAGCAGGCAUUCCACGGCAAAACACGACAGAGAACUGGCGCCGCAGCACAACAAAAGGGCGCCACCGCACCCGCGGGCGUCCUCGGCGUCUCACACGAGCCUGACGCAGAGGCCACACGCAUGCUUGAAGUGACUGACACACACACACACACACACACAGAGAGAGAGAGACACAGAGACACAAACAGCCAUGUGUGCAUGUCCCUGCCCAUCUGUAGGUCCAGCGAGAGGAGAUCGACACUCUCCGUCGGCGCGUCAACGAGCUGGAGCUGACGACCCCCCGAGCCCCGCCCACAGCGUCAGAGCGGCUGCCGUCCAUCCACCACCCACCCUCACAGGCGGCCCCCUCCCCCUCACACACUGCCGCCGACCAGCCCACCCCACAGCCGCCCUCAGAGCCUGUGAUGGCACCACCACCAGCCGAGGAGGAAGAGCAGGGCGGCCCCGAUGCGGCGGAUGUCAUUGAUCAGCCUGCUGCCUUCGGUGAGCCCCAGCUGCCCGAGGAAGAGAUGGUGGCACCACCCGCAGAGGAGAUAGCAGCAGAAGAGGAGACACUGGCCGAUAAGGAGACAACACAGGUAUGUAAGUAACAUAUAUGGAUGGAUGGAGACAGACAUGAGUGAAUGAGUGGAUGCAGGAUCCUCAGCUGCAGGAGGUGGGUGAGGUGCCUGCCAGCAAGGAGGAGGGCGGAGCACCCGAAUCCCACGAGGAAGGGCCGGAGGGUGCAGGUGAGCCAGUUGUCGAUGUGGCUGGUGUGUCUCCUCCUUCUCAUGUUGAUGAGGCAGCAGCCGAGGAGGGAGCCGAGCGGCACCACCCCGAUGCUGAGGAGGGAGAGGGAGAGGGAGAGGGAGAGGGGGCGCGGGAGUGAACACAAUGCAUCUGUGUGUGUGUACAUACCUGUACGUACGCCUAUUGCGUGUUUUUGGUGUUAACGGGUGCUGUUGGUUGGUUGGGAUGCCUGAAUUGAUGGAUGCAAGAUCACAGACAGACAUUUGGUGCUGCUGCUGCUGGCACGUCGGC